GUUUUCAAUAGAAACACACUGCAAAAAUGAAAUUCUUCGCCGUUGCCACUUUCGCCGCCUUCUUGGCCUGCGCUUGCGCUGAUGUUUCCCACUUGGGUUACGGUUACCAGCAACCCGCUGCUAGCGCACCAUCCAGCGAAUAUCUCCCACCCGCUGCCAGCGCUCCAGGUCCAGUCUACUCGGCACCAGCACCAUCUUACUCUGCACCAGCUCCAGUUUACCAACCAGCUGCUGCAGCCCCAGCACCAGUUUACGCUCCAGCACCUGUUUACCAACCAGCUGCAUCUGCUCCAUCCUCUGAUUACCUACCACCCGCAGCCAGCGCUCCAGGUCCAGUCUACUCUGCACCAGCACCAUCCUACUCUGCACCAGCACCAGUUUACCAACCAGCUGCUGCCGCUCCUGAGCCCGUCUACGCUGCUCCAGCUCCAGUUUACCAAGGUGCUGCCUCUGAGACUUAUGAACAACCUGCUCAAGAUGGUUACAGAUACCGCACUGUGCGUCGUCGCGUCUACAAACACCGCGUGGAAAAAGUGUGUGCGAAUUUUGCUGUUUUUCCAGUUGCGCUAGUUUCUGGAUCUCUUUACAAACAGAGAUUUCGGUUUAUUGCUCAACCUGUUAAGAAAUUCUUCGCUGCUGCUGCUUUCGCUGCCUUUUUGGCCUGCGCUUCCGCUGAUGUCUCCCACUUGGGAUACGGUUACCAGCAACCCGCUGCUAGCGCACCAUCCAGCGAAUAUCUCCCACCCGCUGGCAGCGCACCAGCUCCAGUAUACUCUGCCCCAGCACCAUCCUACUCGGCACCAGCUCCAGCACCAGUUUACCAACCCGCUCCAUCCGCUCCCGUCUCUGAGUACCUGCCCCCUGCUGCUAGCGCUCCAGCUCCAGUUUACUCUGCCCCAGCUCCAGUCUACCAACCAGCUCCAGCUGCUGCAGCCCCAGCUCCUGUCUAUGCUCCAGCACCAGCACCAGCACCAGCUCCAGUUUACCAACCAGCUCCAUCAGCUCCCGUCUCCGAGUACCUUCCCCCUGCUGCCAGCGCUCCAGCUCCAGUCUACUCUGCACCUGCUCCAGCUCCAGUUUACUCUGCCCCAGCCCCAGCUCCAGUUUACCAGCCAGCUCCAGCUGCUUCUGAAGUCUAUGAACAACCCGCUCAAGAUGGUUACAGAUACCGUACUGUCCGUCGUCGUGUCUACAAGCACCGUCGUUUCUAAACUCACUCUUUAAGCCACCUUAAAUGAAAUGAGUUGAACAACUA